AUGAAUAACCUAAAGAGUCUAUAGAAAGAGAAUCAGAUGAUAAUGAAAAGAAUGAUAAGAAAGAUCAAGUCUAACAACCAGAACAAAAGAAAAAGAAGAAGAAAAAUAAAAAGAAAAAGAAAUGGGGAGAAGAAGGUAAUCUAAAAUAAAAAAUAAUUAAUAGAGGAAAUACUUACAGAUUUUGAUGAUGAUUGGUAGAAUAAAGUUAAAUAAUCUAAAAUUUUGUAAGAUCCAGAUCUACCUUAACAUAUUAAAGAGAAGUAUGCUAUUUAUGAAAAUAAUCCAUUUAUGA